AAUUGUCCUUGACAUUAUUAAUUUUACUGUAUUAUGUCCGACUGUAAUAAUGGUUGGCGACUGUGUUCUUAGUACCUAGUAAAUAUCCUAUGGUUACUUGGAUGCUGUAGUCAGGUUUAAAUUAAACAUUUCUUGUUUUUUUAGUUAUCUGAAAUACCCAUAAGUUGUUAAAAUGGCACCUGUUACAACACCUCUCAGACCAGGUCAGACAACAAACGAAGAACGUGUGUUGAAAAGUGGUAGCAGUGAUGAAAUGGGUUAUGAAACAAUUGGAAGACUUGAUGAUAAAGAAGAACAGACAAAGGAUGGAACUCAGUUGUCGCAUCCUUCUUCACCUCAUACCUUAUGCUCUUCCCAUAGUAACCGUACUAAACGAGAAAGAACUCGAUCUUGCUCAAAGUCUGGGUCUUCACACGAGCCCGUACUAAGAACCAGACAAAGAAUGAUUUACACUGCUGGAAGACCACCUUGGUAUGACACGCAGGGCCAGCUGGUGGAGCCGUUUAUCAUUGGAAUUUGUGGUGGUAGUGCAUCAGGGAAAACAACAGUAGCCAGAAAGAUCAUUGAAGCUCUGGAUGUCCCUUGGGUAACUCUUCUGAGCAUGGAUUCCUUUUACAAGGUUUUGGAUGAAGAACAACAUAAACUGGCACAUGAAAAUGAAUACAAUUUUGAUCAUCCAGAUGCAUUUGACUUCACUCUCUUAAUAGAAACAUUGAGGAAACUCAAGGAAGGGAAACGUGUCCAAGUGCCAAUUUACAACUUUGUGACCCAUUCCAGAGAUAAAAGAAUGAAAACUAUGUAUGGAGCAAAUGUCAUCAUAUUUGAGGGAAUUCUUGUUUUAAACAAAAAAUUACAGAUUAUGGAUAUGAAGGUCUUCAUUGACACAGACUCGGAUAUUCGGCUGGUCCGGAGAUUGAAACGUGAUAUUAUGGAUCGUGGACGAGAUCUUGAGGGGGUGCUUAAACAGUAUAAUAGAUUUGUAAAGCCAGCUUUUGAUCAUUAUAUUGCUCCUACAAUGGUUCAUGCUGAUUUAAUUGUUCCAAGAGGAGGAGAGAAUCAGAUAGCUAUCAACUUGAUUGUUCAACAUGUACAUACUCAGCUCCAGCUGAGAGGACUGAAACUGAGGUCUAAACUUGUCCAGUCACAUGCUGGGCAACCUUUACCAAGCACCCUCAACAUAAUGCCCUCUACACCUCAAAUCUUAGGGAUGCAUACAUUCAUUAGAAACAAAGAAACGUCUCGAGAUGAAUUUAUUUUUUAUUCUAAACGUCUAAUGAGGUUGCUGAUAGAGUACGCCCUGUCCAUUCUUCCGUACCAGGACGUGGUCGUAGAAACUCCCCAAGGUUUAACUUACCAAGGUAAAAGAAGCACUACGGUCAAGAUCUGUGGAGCAUCCAUCAUGCGAGCAGGAGAGACGAUGGAACAAGCUUUGUGUGAUGUUUUGAAGGAUGUCCGACUAGGAAAAAUUUUAAUCCAGACUAACCUUGAUACUGGAGAACCAGAGCUCUACUACUUACGUUUGCCCAAGGACAUAAAGGACUACCAAAUUAUUUUAAUGGAUGCAACAGUUGCCAGUGGUGCUGCUGCUAUGAUGGCUAUUCGAGUGUUGCUUGACCACGAUGUUCCAGAAGAUAACAUUCUUUUUUGUUCAUUGUUAGCUGCAGAAUCAGGUGUUCAUACCAUUGCCUAUGCAUUUCCAAAAGUUCAUAUUGUGACAACAGCAGUUGACCCAGAAGUGAAUGAGAAAUUUUACAUUCUUCCAGGAAUUGGAAAUUUUGGUGAUCGAUACUUUGGAACUGAAGCUUCACAAUAUUGAGAUAUGUCAAAUAACCGUUCUGACGUCUUUUAGCCAGAGAGAAGACAGCUAGUCAUAGUGAGAUCAUCUAGAAUGGAGUUUGUUGUCUAAAAAUCCACUAUCUGGAGUAGUUUGCCUUUGUUUUUGUGUUAUUGUUGAGGCACAUAAUGUACAUUACACAGGUUGCAUGUGUGUUAAUACAGUAUUACUAUCCUCUGUACUCAAGAAUAGAAUUAGUUUUAUGUGAUACAUUUUAAAGUGUUCAGUCAGAUCUCAGAUGUUUUCAUCCACGAUACUUAUCACGUAUUUAAAUGUUUGCCAUAUGUUUCCACAUAAAGUUUAAGAUUAGUAAUGGCAUGGUUCUCAUCCACCUAGACAUUAGUAUGCUUUGACAGCAUCUUGGCAAGUUUAUAAGAUGGGUAUGAGGUGAAUGAAGGCAUAUUUUAUCAAGUGGUGAUAGUAGUGCCUUUGCAUUGUUUACAGUUAACCUCCAAAAGUACCAGUUCAAUCAUCCCUCCAAAGAUGUUUUUUACUGAAAGUUACAGUCUUGGCUUGUUUUAUAACUGGAAUUUUCAAGACUUCUUGUCAUGAUUUAAAGUAUAAACUCCACUUGUGUUUAUUUUACACAAUCUAGAGCUUUAAGGCAUUCAUGAGGUGUCCCAACUCUUACUAGACAAAUAUUCCAUUAAGUGUUUGUGAACAUACAGUUUUCACAUUUUACUUAUUUAGAAAAUUACUUUUUUAUGGUAAUUCCAAAUCAUGAUGAUAAGGUUUUGAACAAAUUACUACCUCCCAUCACUGAACUUGUUUUAUAAACAGAAGUACACAGUUCCUGUAUUUUUAAAUGCAAUAUAUAUGUUUGAAAUAACAAAGAAAAUUCCCACACUUUAUAUUUUUAUGAAACUUUUGAAGGAUGUUUGUAUAAAUUACACAUUGAAAAUCUAAUGUUGUUAAUUUUAUGUUACUGCUUAGUGGCCCUAAUGAAAUCUAAACCGUCCGCUUUCAACUGCUAUUUGCUAUAUUACGUUACACUGAUUACGUGGUUUCACUAUAGUACACUACAACAGAAACUAUCAGUUCAAUUUAUAUAGUGAACAUUGGACUCUUGCUUACACCAGAAAUUAACUCAUGGUUCUAACCUGUAAUUCUUAACUUUUGUCAGGAGGUGAGUCUGACAAAAUGUGAAUUGUUAUAAGGAUUGGGUGUUUUUACAUUAACUGCAGAAGUGAUUCUUUAAUACUUGUUUUUAUUUUAUAUUUUGUUCUACACUAUUUACUGUCCAUUUGAAAAAAAGAUGUAAUUUCUAUAGAACUGAAAGUGUUAUUUACAUUUUUAUGUAAACCAAGACAAAUAAUAAACAAUGAUUUAGAUUUAGGAAAAUA